AACCAAGCCUGUCGCUAAUACUAUGUUUUGCAUUUUCAUACAACAAAAGUCAGUAAAUACUUAACGGCGCUGACGAACGGUUCAUAAUUUUCGGUGAAAAGGAAAAGUGACACUCUAACCUAAGGAACGGUCACAGUAGUAGUGGCAAAUAAAUAAGUUUUUUAACACUUUAUAAACUAAAAAAAAAGUACAAAAAAAUAUUUAAUUGAUUAAAAAUGAAGCAGAGCAUCGUAUAUUUGCUAUUCGCCAUUAUUAUUUCGUCGAGUGUCGUUUAUGGUCUACAAUUUACUGAUUGUGGUUCGAAAACUGGCAGUUUUAACAAAAUAGUCGUAUCGGACUGUGAUACAACAAAAAAUGAAUGCAUACUCAAACGCAAUACAACUGCUUCGAUUACAAUUAAUUUUGCGCUAAAUGAGGAAGCCACUAAAAUUUCGACUGUGGUGCAUGGCAAAAUAAUGGGCGUAGAGAUGCCUUUCCAUUUGCAGAAUCCAGAUGCUUGCGUUGAUAGUGGACUCAAGUGCCCACUGGAGAAGGGCGAAACCUACGAAUAUAAAGCCAUAUUGCCGGUGCUUAAGGCUUACCCAAAGGUUAACGUACUCGUCAAAUGGGAAUUGAAGGACCAAAACAAUGAAGAUAUCAUUUGUGUGGAAAUACCAGCUAAAAUUCAAUAGAUACUACCUAAAAAAGAAAUUAUAUGUAUAUGAAAAACACUAUCAAAAAUGUUGAGCCACUGCUAAUCUGAAGGUUUGCAAAAAAGUUGCAGCUUGAAAUAAAAAUUUAUAAUAAAAAGAAUUAAACUUAAAGUCUAAA